AUGUCGAGAUCUGAAGCAUAAAUUGGUAUAUACACUUUGAACAAGAAAAAUAUGAUCGGAAAAGGAUCAUUUGGUUUAGUUUAUACAGCUACUUGUGAUGGGGAAGAAUUCUGUGCUAAAUAAAUAUUGUCAAAUGGAGCAUAAAAGAAGUUCACUGAUAGAGAAAUACAAAUUUUAAGAAUGCUUAGAAGCUCCCCUAUUUAGAACCCAAAUAUUGUUCAUAUAAUUGAUGUGAUUUAAAAUGAAAGAGAUUCUGAAGUUUAUGUUAUUAUGGAAUAUUGCAGGGGAGGUGAUUUAAAGAAAGAAAUGGAAUAAAAGAAAAAGCGUAAUGAGUGGUAUACUCAUUAAGAAAGCUUGAACAUUGUAGCUCAGAUCAUCAAAGGCUAUAAGAGUCUUUAUGAUGUCGACUUUAUACACAGAGACAUCAAGCCAGCAAACAUUCUUAUUUCAAGUGGAUUUUAUAAGUUAGCAGACUUUGGAAUGGGUAUAUUCAUAAGUCCUUCUUAAUCUACAAAUAUUGGAACUCCUGCCUAUUCUGCCCCUUAAAUCUUCUUUGACUCUAAGUACACUAAUAAAUGUGAUGUUUACUCUUUAGGGGUUAUUUUUUAUGAACUAAUUUUUAAGGAAAAACCUAUUAAUGUAAAAACCUAGGCAGAGUAGAUUACUUUAUUGAGAAAAACUUAGGAAAACAAAAUUACAUGUCCAAGGGAUGAAAAUUUGGAUAUUCGGGUCUGUGUUCUAAUAGAAUAAAUGCUUUCUUAUGAAGAAAAACAGAGAAUUGGUUGGAAUGACCUGUUUAUUCAUCCCUUAUUUAAUGGAUAAUAAGUGUUGUAACCAGCCCAUUUCAGGAGAUCAUCAUUAUUAGUAUCAAAACAAUAGGUUAAAUUCUAAAAGAGGCCUAAUACUCCAUAUUAUCAUUUUUCAAUAAAAUUUUAUAAUUCUUUAGAGGAUGCAUAAAAUCUUAAUGGCCUGAAGCACCUUGCUGAGAUAAUCAUGUCAAAAGGCGAUGUUGCAUAUGAUUUGGCUAUAGCUCUUUCAGAUCAAUAAAGUAGUAUGUCGGAAAAUUAAUUAUAAAUUUUAUUAUUCUGCCUUUUAAGCUACAAAUAUUUUGCUUGUUCCAAUACUAUGGGUAUGUGUACAAAUUAAGUGAGUUAUUGUCAUAGUUCCCUCAUCAAGAUAUUUCCCAAAUUUAAUGAACUUAUCUAGGAGUACUCUGCUUCCAAUACUUAAGAUUGUGAACUUUUAAGAGGAAUAAUUGUGUCAUAAUUGGGACACAUAAAUACUUAUUAUAGAGACUCAUAACAAUUUGUAUCAUAGAUUCCUGAACUUUAAGAGCAGUAUCCAGAAUUCUAUUUAAAAGUUAGUGAGAGAGAUAACGAUUAUUAUAAUUAUUCAAGCUAUUUGGCUUGGUUUGUAUUCUUUUUCAAUGAAUGGUUUGAUAAUGCUGUCUUUCCAAAUUAAAACUAAAUCAACAAAGUUCUUUCUUUAGAAACAGCAUUUCCACUUGAUAAAUUUUGGGCCAAAUCACCUUCUUAGAUCAUUAGAAUUAGAACAAAUAGUUUAUGA